CAGCUUCGUCACUGCUCGGGACUCAGCCGCAGGCCUCACCACAGCUCGCGAACCACCAUGAAGCCCGGGAGACUGCCACUGCGCGUCCCGUCGCGGCCAGUGUGCCAGCUGUGCGACUACAUCCGCCAGCAGCCUGUGUCGCGGCGCGCAUUCCUGGCUGCAUCGACACUGAAGACGCCCGCCGCACCGAGGCGAACUGUGCGAACGCCGCCUGCCCUGCCCCGGAUAUCCGCGCGCCACAUCCAGACCAACUGGCGCAAUGUCGACCAGGCCGACUUUGCAGAGGCGCCGGUCAGCCCGCAGUCGAUGUCAGACUCGAUUGCUGCGGUGAAGACACAGCUCGCACAGGUCGAGGCGCAGAUCAGGGCCAUCUUCGACUCGCACCGGGUCGAGUCCGAAAACACCAUAUACGGCAUUUUGGAAGGCAUAGAGGCAAUUGCACAGUCUGCGAUAGCCAUCCGCUCGCGCCAGCCACCGCCUGCAAAGACCACGAUCAGGCAAAGUUCGGCUGGCGCGAUAUUGUCAGGGUUGAGCAGCGAAGAGACGCCCAAGCAGCAGAAGACGUACACAAAACCACUCGGUGUGAACGAGCUGCCAACACCAACCUACCUGUCGAAGCUCGCCGAGGGCCUGCUGAAGCACCCGACCGUCUUCAUCGGACCCAAUGUUCUGAAAAUCUACGUCAACCUGCAGCGGUUGCUCAACCGCGCGCAAGCGAUUCCCGAAAUCCUCUAUCUCUAUGCCAACAAACCCAUCCCGCGAGAAGGCUCCUCCCCGCCAAAGUUCUCAAACCCCUCGCCUAAAUCUGCAUCGCAGGCCGUCCCCGCCGAUGUCGCCGAGCAGUCUCUCACAGCGGCCAUCGAAGCCAAAGACAUGUCGCUUGCCCUUGCCGUCAUUGACCACACCUACCGCGCCCCUGCCUGGUCACGGCACCGCAUGCUCACGAAGUUGGGUCUUCCCAGCGUACUGGGUGCCAUGACUCCUCUCGCCAUCUACAUGAUUGCCCAAGAAAUGUCCGUGUACAGCGGCUACAUCGAUCCAUGGACCUUCAAGAUGUACGCCUUCGCCGGCAUGAGCACAUACGUCAUGUGCACUGGUACACUUGGCUUCGUCGCACUGACUACCUAUAACGAUGACCACGACAGAGUCGUCUGGCGCCCUGGUGUGCCGCUCCUAGAUCGCUACAUCCGCGCUGAUGAGCGCGCAGCUUUGGAUCGCAUAGCGUGUGCCUGGGGCUUCAAAGAGGUGUGGAAGCGCGGCGACGAGGAGGGCGACGAGUGGGAAGGCCUGAGGCAGCUGUGCUUGCUGCGAGGGAUGUGGCUCGACAAACCCGAUCUCAUGCACGGCAUGAAUCCUGGAAGAUAGGUGCGGUAUGUGAGAUGGAGUGUAGAGUUACUGUGUAUACCAAGAUGGGCUUGUCAAGGACGGCCACAUCACUUUCAAUCAAGCCAAUUCGCUCUAUGUACACAUGAGCAUAUCUAGAAACAGG